UAAUAUAGAGAAAAAUUUUCUCAUAUUUCUAGUAAAAUCACCUAACACCUUCAUUAUUAUAUAAAAUACUAACAAUACGUCUAUUGCAAAACCAAGUUAUAAUAGACCAAGUUAGUUUUUUAAAUAUGACGAAGUUAAUAAUGGUUUUUAUUGCUGUUUUUGGGGCUGUCUUGGUUGAAACCGCAGAAAACCAGAGAUACAAGCAGAUAAAAACAGCGGGAGAUGCUUUACGAACGUGUAUGCGGAAUUUGGGUGACUUACCGCUUUACGUUUAUGAGCAUGGAGCAUAUAAAAACAUAAAAGAGGAAGACAAGGACCAUAUAGGAGAAGUGUACCUCUGUGUAUAUACCAAACUAGGUAUAAUGACAGAAGACGGUGAUUUAAUUGAUGACAAAUUACACACUUUUUUCAUAAAUUUACUAGGAGAUGCCAAACCGGAUAGAGAUAGUAGAAAAGAAACCAUAGAAAAAAUUUUGAAGACAUGUAAACCGUCCCAGUGCCUAGUCCCCAAGAUUAAAGCCUUCAGUUAUGAACGUUGCAUACGCAAUGAUAUAUUUUAUUGAAUUAAAAUAUAUUUUUUUAUUUUCUAAAACAAUAAAAAUAGACGUAGACUACAAGAUCAA